AAGAAGUGGCAGAAACCCAAACUCGGAUCCUCACUGCUGGGGUGUUGUGGCCAGGCGGGUUUGGCCUAUCUCCGGCGCUAGUGUUGGGCUCAGGAAGUAGUGGAAAGGGAGGGUGGGGUGAAGUCUCUGUGGAGCCCGCAGGGUUCGCAAUGAAGAGGAUUUGGGGGUUCGGGAAGGAGAGGGGCGUGUCGCCCUUGGGCUCCACUUCUGGCUUGCAGAGGCAGGGCAGGGGCAUUGGGCAGAAGAACAAUAGAAUUGACAACUUGCUGCUGGGUUACCAUGUCCAAGAAACAGAUCUCAGAAAGAUCCACAAGGCUGCUUGCGUGGGCAACGCAGAGCAAGGGCAACAGAUUCUGUUCUUCGGGGAAAUGGCGUGGAUGAACAGGACUUCUCUCCAUUUGGCCUGUGCCAAUGGCCAUCCAGAAGUGGUGACCCUCCUAGUAGAGAGGAAAUGUCAUCUUAACUUCUGUGAUCAUGAAAACAGGACAGCUCUCAUGAAGGCCGUACAGUGCCAGGAAGAGAAAUGUGUAAACAUACUAUUGGAAAAUGGUGCCUAUCCAAAUAUUAGGGAUAUGAGUGGCAACCCUGCUCUCCACUAUGCGGCCUUUGGUGAUAAUAUAUCCAUAACAGGGAAGCUGCUGCUGUACAAUGCGAAUACUGAAGCAAGAAAUAAG